ACUGUACAAUCUGGUGCCACUUUAGUGUUCACAGAUCAGUGCCGUGCUGUGCUAUUCUAUAAGAAUAUCACAAAAGGUCAUUAAAUUGUAAAUAGAAUAGCACAGAAGGUCACUGAUUUGUAAACACUGAAAACCUGGUGCAGGACAACAGAAAGACCAGGUUAGCUGCAUACAGAACUGCGCCCUUAGACAAUUUGCACCAUUGCUUCUUAUCAUGGCUAACGAUCCAGCUUCCGAAUCACUUGAGACGGCAAGAUUAUCUGGAGUCGACUACAAUACACAUUUCGACCCGAAAAUCUUUUUGGGAAAUUACCAUGGGCGGGAAAGCCGGUUCUGCGACAAGUUGUUAGAGAUGCUUCACGAGCUCACGGCUGCGGCAGGAAUUCGUGAUGGUAGCAGACUCCUUGAUGUAGGGUCUGGCCCGAGUAUCUAUUCUGUCAUUUCCGCCGGAAUUCGAUCUUCAGAGAUAGUCUGCUCAGAUUAUGCAACUCAAAAUCUGGAUGAAAUCCUAAAAUGGGUGAAUGGUGACCCUGAUGCCCACAACUGGCAACGAUGCUUUGAAUAUGUGUGUACACUAGAAGGGAAAAGCGAUGAAUGGAAACUCAGACAAGACCACAUCCGGCAAGCAAUCAAACGGGUCAUACCAUGUGAUGUUCACCAAGCGAACCCAUUGGCUCCGUUGGUCUUUGAACCCUUCGACGUCAUCACAUCCAGCCUCUGUUUAGAGGCAGCGUGUUCUGACGAAUCAUCAUAUAGGAGUGCUGUUAAACACGUGACCUCACUUCUCAAGCCGGGGGGAAUAUUAUUCAUGGCCGGGGUUCAGGGUGAAACGUUCUACUAUGUCGGUAAAAAGAAGUUCAAAGCCUUUCCAUUAAGCAACGAGAUAACAGAAAGUGCAUUUGCCGAGGUUGGCCUGACCAAUUUAAAAUGGUACAAUGAGACUAGUGACAUUAAGAAAUAUACCUUUGAGGGCCACUCAAAUGAUUUUUCUGGAUUGUUUGCGGUCAGUGCCACACGAAUCAGUGGAUGAUGCGCGAACAGUGCACAUCACUGAAGUCCAGCCACUAGCUAUAAACAAGUUCCUCGUAUAUGGACCGUACAAUGUAGAUGGACAUCUAGCUAACAGCUCCUCAAUGUAACGAGGCUAUGCAUAGUAUUCAAAGCGAUUUUUCAUAUCUGGUUCCAGCGUUUGAUGUAUUAAAUGUCCUGCCUGGGGACAUUGUGAUCAUCUGGGAAUGAUUUAGUGGAAGAUGAAAUGAGGGGUGUAUAGGCACCUAUUCAAUUGUUUGUUAAUUUAUCCACAGAGGCUCUCUCGCAUGCUCAAAUAAGGCUUUGUAGUUGGUAGCAAACCCACAUGUUCGUCUAAAAAGAAAAGAAAAGAAAAGAAAAGAAAAAAAGACCAAGAGACGAAUAUCACUGCGACGAAGUUGGUAUGAAUGAAGAGGUCUAUUGUCGGACACAAAUAUAGGAACCCAAGCAAAAACCAGUGUGCAAGCAAUUAUUGAAAUGGAAAUUUUGAACGUUCCUCAUAUGAUUUUAUAUACCACAAUACUAUUUGCAAGUAAUACUUUAUUACAUAGAUCCGUUCGUGAAAGAGACAAAUAUGGGAGACAUUAUUAAAGGUGUUUAGGAUGAAAUGCAAUAAACUCUGUCUUAUCGUCA